AGCAGACCUCUGCUCUCCGGGCUGGGUCCCGUUCAUGGGGCGGCCCCUGGAAUCCUCCCAGAGCCAGGGGAGAUCUCGCUGAGCCUUGGAGAAGCAGCUCCCUUAGGAAUCCACUCACUGGGACAGCCAGGGCAAAGCUGCAGGGUCGAGUCCCAAGCUCCACACGCUUCCUGGGGUUUGCUUGUAAAACUUGGGGCGAGGCAUGGACACGAACGUGGUGCCCCUGGAGGGGGGCCAGCCCCUCCUGAUGGGUCUGAACAGCAUCGAGUUCAAGCGUCACCCCAAGGCCGUGAAAUCUAAAAAGGCUGUUCUUUUCUUUGAGGUGGAGAUCCUGGAUGCCAAGACCAGGGACAAGCUGUGCUUCCUGGAUAAGGUGGAGCCCAAUGCCACCGUCGCCGAGAUCAAGAACCUCUUCACCAAGUCCCAUCCCCAGUGGUACCCAGCCCGACAGUCCCUCCGCCUUGACCCCAAGGGGAAGUCCCUGAAGGAUGAGGACGUGCUACAGAACCUGCCGGUGGGCACCACGGCUACACUGUACUUCCGGGACCUGGGUGCGCAGAUCAGCUGGGUGACGGUCUUCCUCACUGAGUACGCUGGGCCCCUGCUUAUCUACCUGCUCUUCUACUUCCGAGUGCCCUUCAUCUACGGCCCCAAGUAUGACUUCACCUCCAGCAAGCACUCGGUCGUGCACCUGGCCUGCAUCUGCCACUCGUUCCACUACAUCAAGCGCCUGCUGGAGACCAUCUUUGUCCAUCGGUUCUCGCACGGGACGAUGCCCUUGCGCAACAUCUUCAAGAAUUGCACAUACUACUGGGGCUUUGCAGCCUGGAUGGCGUAUUACAUCAACCACCCGCUGUACACCCCGCCAACCUACGGAGACGAGCAGGUCAAGCUGGCGCUCAUUAUAUUCCUGUUCUGCCAGCUGGGGAACUUCUCCAUUCACAUCGCUCUGCGGAACCUGCGGCCGGCGGGCUCCAAGACUAGGAAGAUCCCAUACCCCACCAAGAACCCCUUCACGUGGCUCUUCCUGCUAGUGUCAUGUCCUAAUUAUACCUAUGAGGUGGGCUCCUGGAUCGGCUUCGCCAUCAUGACUCAGUGUCUCCCAGUGGCCCUGUUCUCUCUGGUCGGCUUCAUCCAAAUGACCAUCUGGGCGAAGGGGAAGCACCGUAGCUACCUGAAGGAGUUCCGGGACUACCCACCCCUGCGCUCGCCUAUCGUCCCCUUCCUGCUCUGAGCCGUGGGGGCUGCUGGGGCUUCGUGUAUCUGUGCAGUCCAGGGAGGAGCCCACCCCCCACAUCUGGCCAGCUGGCACAGGGCUCGGGGGAAGCUGCGCAAACUCACCCAACUCCUCACUGCUGGGUUUCUGCAGCUGCCCCUGUGCUCCCUUGGGGGGGGCCACCCCCACCCCCCCCAGGGAAGCCAACACCCAGCCCUGCUCAGGGCCGAUGCUCUCCUCCCGCUGCGCCAUGCACCCAGAUCUACAGCCCUGCCUAACUGGAAAUUAACCCAGGGAGAAGCUGGAGCUGCCUGUGGCUGGAUGCAGCCACUCAGAGCUGUGGCCUGGAGGGAAGGACCCUGGCCCCAGGCACCUGCCAACGCAGCCUGAUCCCAGAGGGGCUGAGCGCUCGUGCCCCCGGUGGAGCUGGUGGGAGUGGCAGGUGCUCAGCCCCACCGGAGACCAGGUACCAGCUCAGGAUCAUAGGUGCCUCCUUUCAGGCUCCUGAGCAGGAAGAGAACUCCUUUCCUGGGUCACAUCUCCACGGCAGGGCCUCAGGGGGCGAGUCCUGGGCUGGGGCAUGGGCCCUGUUCAGCACCCCUCUCCUUCGAAAGCUGCCCAGGGGCUGCUGCAAGACACAGCUGGGCUCUGGCUUCUGCCCUGCACCCCAGGCUGCUGGUAGCUGAGGCUGGCAGGGUCUGGUCAGGCCCCCAGCCCCAGGCUGCCUUUCCCAUGUGCCCUGCUGGCCCAGCUGUUAAGGGCAUCAGACCCAUGGGCAGCGAGUUUGCAGAUGAGUCUGUUUAGAAUGGUGCUGGCACAAGCGGGAGUCAGGACUAAGGCAUGUUGGGGGGGGUGGUGGUGGUGUGGGGCAGAAGUGAGCCAGGAGUGGGGUGACGAGAGAAAAGGGAAGGGCACUAGCACUGUGUAGGGAAAGCCAGGGGCAGCAGGUCAGGAGUGUGGGGCACUGGCAGGGCUGAGGGGGCAGGGGCAGGCUUGAGGGGCAGUAGCAGGGCUGUGGGGGGGAGCUCAGCUGGCAGCUGCUUGACUCAAGCCAGCACCGUUAAUUGUAAGCACAGUAAAGUUUUUUCUUUUGUACCAUUCUUCUGUUCCGUACUUCCCCGGGCUGCUGAGCGGCUGCCCUGGCCCGCCGGCCCAGGCUGUAGCUCAGGCCUGGCUCUGCCGGGAUGGCAGGGGGCAGAGCAGGCUAUUCUAAUAAAGACGUGGGGUGAGGCCCUUCCUGGGCCCAGCCCAACUCCCUCCUG